GGAGCUUAGACUGGUUUUAGUGACACAAGGUGAAGGAAGAUGCACAUUCUGUUGCCAGUCCUUCUUGCCAUCUUGGCAUGCUUGCUUGGGGGACUGUACCUCCUGGGGGCCUUUCGCAGGCGUCGCCCCGGAGAGCCGCCGCUGGACAAAGGGCCCAUGCCUUGGCUCGGACAUGUGCUGGAAUUCCGGAGGGACACCUCCAAGUUUCUCCAGAGGAUGAAAAAGAAACAUGGGGACAUUUUCACUGUGCAGCUGGGAGGCUUUUACUUCACAUUCAUCAUGGACCCCCUGUCCUUUGGAGCAGUAGUUAAGGAGUCCAGAGGAAAACUGGACUUUUCCAAGUUUGCAAAGCAGCUGGUGGCGAGGGUGUUUGGCUACAUGACCACGCAGAAUGAACAUAAGCACAUGCAGCUGUCCAGCAACAAGCAUCUGAUGGGAGACGGCCUGGUGGUCAUGACUCAGGCUAUGAUGGGAAACCUGCAGAACUUGAUGCUAUACAGCUUGGGCCAGGGUGACAACCAGAAGACCUGGAAGGAAGAGGCACUGUUCAACUACUGCUACAACAUUUUGUUCCGGGCUGGUUACUUGACUCUCUUCGGCAACGAGGUUGCUUGCUCCUCAAAAAGUCCAGAGAAAGCUGAAGAGCUUGACAGGGUGACCUCCAAUGAGCUCUUCUAUAAGUUCCAGAAGUAUGACAAGCUUUUCCCUGAUUUGGCCUAUGGGGUCUUACCCCCAAGAGAGAAGAUGGAAGCUGAGAGGCUGAAGAGGUUGUUCUGGGACAAAUUUUCUGUUGAGAACGUUAAUAAAAGAGAGAACGUCAGUGGAUGGAUUUUGGAACAUCAGCAGUUCAGGGAAGAGAAUGGAGUGGAGAAGUCCAUGCAGGACCGGUUCAUGUUCGUACUCCUCUGGGCCUCACAGAGUAAUACAGGCCCUACAGCCUUCUGGCUUCUUCUGUACCUCAUGAAGCACCCAGAAGCUAUGAGAGCUGUCCAGAAGGAGGUGGAGGAGGUGCUGAGGGCCACAGAGCAGACGGUGAAGCCAGGAGGCCCCCUCAUUAACCUGACUCGUGACAUGCUGCUCCAGACCCCUGUCCUUGACGGUGUUGUUGAGGAAACCUUGAGACUGACAACUGCCCCAGUUCUUACUAGAGCCGUUGUGGAGGACAUGAUCUUGAAGAUGGCUGAUGGACGCGAGUACAAAGUCCGCCAGGGUGACCGCGUCUCCCUUUUCCCCUAUGUCGCUGUCCAUAUUGACCCAGAUGUCCACCCUGAUCCACUCACUUUCAAGUACGACCGCUUCCUCACACCAGAAGGGACCAGGAAAACAGACUUCUAUAAGAAUGGCAAGAAGGUGAAGUACUACAGCAUGCCCUGGGGGGCCGGGGUGUCCAUGUGUCCAGGCCGCUUCUUUGCCACCGGUGAGGUGAAGCAGUUUGUGUUUCUCAUGCUGUCAUACUUUGAGUUUGAGCUGACGGAUCCAGAAGAGAAGAUUCCAUCGAUUAAUUGCAGGCGCUGGGGGUUCGGAUCCAUGCACCCAACAAGAAAUGUCCAGUUCAGAUACAGGUUGAGGUUCUAAUUAUAAAAGAUAUUCUUGAAUGCUGGUAAUUAGUUUGAUCACAAUGAUGAUUCUAUCCUUCUUCAUCCCUCAUACUUUGUUUUGCUUUGAAUUUGUUUCUAAUGCUUUAUGCUAAUAAAUGCUUUAAUUAAAAUGCAAA